CCAUCUCCGGAAUGAGUUUGGGCUUAUGUUGAUUUUUCUUAUGUUCGGUCAGUGGAAGGUGUUGGCAUUUAUGUUUGCCUCUAAACCAGUGCUUUGCCGGCCACCUAAAUGACUUUCUUUGAGAAAUCAUAUCUGUUCUCUCCCUCAGCUUUCUGGAUUAUGUCAAUGACUGCUAGCACUUAUUACGGUAACAUUCGGCCUGUUUCUCCUUGGCGUUGGCUGUUUUCUGUUGUUGUUCCCGUUUUGAUCGCCUGUAAUGGCUUUAAAAAGAAAAGCCUAGAUCACAGUGGGGCGUUAGGAGGGCUAGUGGUUGGAUUCAUCCUGACCAUUGCAAAUUUCAGCUUUUUUACCUCUUUGUUGAUGGUUUUUCUUUCUUCUUCAAAACUCACUAAAUGGAAGGGACAAGCAAAGAAGCGUAUAGAUUCAGAAUAUAAAGAAGGAGGGCAAAGAAAUUGGGUUCAGGUGUUCUGCAAUGGAGCCGUGCCCACAGAGCUCGCCCUGCUGUACAUGAUAGAAAAUGGCCCCGGGGAGACGGCGAUCGACUUUUCCAAGCAGCACACUGCUUCCUGGAUGUGUUUGUCUCUCUUGGCUGCACUGGCCUGCUCUGCUGGAGACACCUGGGCUUCAGAAGUUGGCCCAGUUCUAAGUAAAAGCCAGCCAAGGCUGAUUACAACCUGGGAGAGAGUUCCAGUUGGAACCAAUGGAGGGGUUACAGUGGUGGGACUUGCUUCCAGUCUGCUUGGUGGAACCUUUGUGGGCAUCACCUACUUCCUCACACAGUUGGUUUUUGUGAAUGAUUUAGACAUAUCUGCCCCUCAGUGGCCAAUUAUUAUAUUUGGGGGUCUGGCUGGAUUACUAGGAUCAAUUGUGGACUCAUAUUUAGGGGCGACAAUGCAAUUUUCUGGUUUGGAUGAAAACACUGGCAUGGUGGUCAACAACCCGACAAAUACAGCAAAGCACAUAGCAGGAAAACCUAUUCUUGAUAACAAUGCGGUGAAUCUGUUUUCUUCUAUUCUUACUGCCCUCCUUCUCCCAACAGUUGCUUGUGGUUUUUGGCCCACAGAGUGAGCUUUACUUAAUUUCUACAGGUUGGAGCUGGGUGUGAUGGUGCACACCUGUAAUCCCAGCACUUGGGAGGCUGAGGCAGGAGGAUCAUCGCGAAUUUGAG